AUGGCUGAACUUUGGUGGACAGUGAAUAAUGUUGAACAAGAGAUUACGUUUGAGUUGCAUAUGAAGACUAUCGGAUGGAUUGGUCUUGGGAUUAGUCCAGCUGGAGGUAUGAAAGGCGCUGAUAUCGCAGUUGGAUGGGUCGACUCUUCUGGCAAAGCUCAUAUUCAAGAUCGAUUUGCAUUCGAUAAAAUGAAACCAGUCAUAGAUAACACAACUCAAGAUUGGUUUCUUCUUCAAGGUCAAGAACAAAAUGGAUGGACAGCUAUUCAAUUCAAACGUUACUUUGAUUCUUGUGAUACAAUGGAUGUUCCUAUAAAAUCUGGUACAAAUAUUCUUAUAUUUGCCUAUGGUCUUGUCGAUCUUGAUUUAUCUCGAUCAGAAGACGAUAUCACGUAUCAUGAAAGCAGAAGAGGUGCACGUAUGUUACCACUUCGAUCAUAUUCCAAUCAACCGGCAGAUGAUAUGUUUGUUGGACUUGAUUUCUUCGAUUUUAGCUUCGAGAAUUAUGUUGUUCCACCGACUGACACUACGUAUCAUUGCAAAGUAUUUAAAAGUCCAAGUACAUUUCUUGCGAAAAGACAUGCAAUAGCCCAUAAAAUAUUGAUUGAUUCGAGAAAUGUGAAUCUUUUACAUCAUCUAGACCUAUUUGAAUGUCCAUCCACGGAUGUAUAUGAUGAUGCUAAACUACCCGAUGGUAUAUGCGAUGACAUUCUCAAUGGAACAAGAAAGUGUUCGUUAACUAUAGCUACCGCUUGGGCAAUUGGUGCUGAUGUGACUACUGUAUAUCCAGAAGAAGCUGGUUAUGCUGUUACCAGUGACAUCGGUACAAAAUAUUUCAUGAUUAAAAUACACUAUGAUAAUCCACGACUAGCUUCGAAUCUUCAAGACAGUUCAGGCAUUCGAUUUUAUCUUGGCAAUAAACUUCGACAAUAUGAUCUUAGUUACCUAAUAUUUGGAACUCUGUCUAAUCCAGCAAGUCUUGCUAUUCCGCCAAAAGUCGAACAAUUUAUUGUCGAUUCCUAUUGUCCUCCUGAAGCUACUCGCGAUUUUCCUGUUUCUGGAAUCAAUGUUGUGUCUGCAUUGCCACAUACUCACUUACAAGGGUAUAGCGUGUGGACCAAACUAAUUCGUAACAAUACAGCUGUUCAAUAUUUAUUUAAUGCAGAAGCUUACGAUUUCAAUUAUCAAUUCGCAAAUCGGCUACCAAAACCGAUCAAAAUCUAUCCAGGAGAUGCAUUUGCUACUCGUUGUAUAUACACUACAAGAAACAAGAAUGAGAUCACACUGGGUGGGCAGCGGACAACAGACGAAAUGUGUUCUCACACAUUUUCUUAUUAUCCUCUUGUCGACAGUUUAGCCGGAUGCAUGACAGCAAUUGAUGAGACGGCAUGGCGAACUAUUAUGAAUACAUCUUCGCCAAUAGACAACAGUAAACUAGCGCAAUGGCUUCAUAAUCUUACAUGGACAACUGAAUCAACUGCUCAAUGGCAAGAGUUCUUUGAUAAAGCUCAGCGUCGUAUUGUUUACGGUCGAGAAGGUCAAAUGGAAUCUAAAAUUUUACCUACCAUCCCGAAAUAUGAAGAUCUCAAAGUUGAACUAUGUAAUAAAUAA